AUGGUGAAACGCUCAAGUACGGAGGAUAACUUGGAAAGGAUCGCCAACAAGGCAUCUCAGACCCGGAAACCCUUAUCAACCGACUUCUACAAUUCCAGUUUGACGAAUCUGCCCACAAACAGUGAAGCCUCAAGAACACCUGAGGAACUUCUGGAUGAAAAGGCGCCGAUACCGGAAAGUGUGGCAAGCCGUGUUCGCCGGAGAACUAGGGUGACGAAAGAGCCGGUGGCAGACGGAACAUUCGAUGCCUUGGAUGACAAACUGACAGAGGGCAUUUUCAAUAAGCUCAAUACAGUUUAUCAUGACCGGAUGGAGCGGAACAAGAGAAAGGGGACGGUCUUCAAAUCAAGCUUUGCUGAUUUAAGUGCUGAUCCCGUGCGUUACACCAUUUUAGACUCGCCUUCAGUGAUAAACUCCCAGUUCUAUGGGUUCUUCAUUUUGUUCUGGCUAGCAAUUGCAUUCUUCAUAUUGAGAGAUGCUCUUCAUGCUAUCUUUGAGGAUGGCCUUUUCAUUUACAAAGCCCCGGUGUUUCAGAUAUUUGUUGCUGGACUCCCCAAGAUAGCAAUAACCGACGGCCUCAUGUACUUGACCACUUACUUUUCUUACAUCAUUCAAAAUCUUUGUCUCAAUGGACACUUGAGCUGGUCUCGCAGCGGUUGGAUCAUUCAAUCGAUCUAUGAGCUGAUCUUUUUCUGUUUUUGGGUCAGUUACCUAUUGUUAUUCGACUUCCAAUGGAUUGGUAGGGUGUUUUUGGUGCUCCACAUGUUCGUGCUAUUGAUGAAGGUUCACUCUUAUGCUUUUUACAAUGGCUACUUAUGGAGAAUCUUGCUAGAGUUGAAAUUCUCUGAGGCUUAUUUGGAAAAGUUGAAUGCUAAAGCAACCAAGCUCCCGUCUCAAUUCGAGGAGAAGCACAUUAGAGUCGUUCUUAACGAGAGUGUUGCAUUCUGCCGUUUUGAACUUCUUCAUCAGUCUGUUGCGAUCACUAACGAGGAUGAGGUUGACCCACAGACUUUGGUAAGCAGCCUCGAAAGUUUGCAAGACGAUAAACUGAUAAAGUUCCCUCAAAACAUUACCUUCAAAAACUUCUUUACUUUUACAAUGUUUCCAACUGUUGUCUACGAACGUACAGAGAGAAUUAGAAAAUCUUUCUUGUUUGAGAAGAUCAUUGCAAUCUUCGGUAUCAUUUCAAUCAUGCUUUUUGUGGCUGAAUACUCAAUUUACCCCCUUGUUGUGAGAUCAAUUGAAUUGAGGAAAACCAAUUUGAGCUUGCUUGAUCGCCAGGUGGCAUACAUUUUAUUACUCGUGGAUAUGAUUCCACCUUUUAUGGUUGAAUACCUCCUUGUUUUCUACUUGAUUUGGGAUGCUAUCUUGAAUGCUAUAGGCGAAUUGAGCUAUUUUGCUGACAGAGAUUUUUAUGGGCCCUGGUGGUCCUGUGUUGACUGGUUUGAGUACGCCAGGCUCUGGAAUAAGCCAGUUCAUCGGUUCUUACUCAGGCAUGUCUACCAUUCCUCCAUCAGUGCCCUCCGGCUCAACAAGGCCCACGCAAAUCUAGUGACCUUCAUUAUCUCCAGUUUCAUCCAUGAGUUGGUCAUGUACUCCAUUUUUGGUCGCCUUAGAGGCUACUUGUGGUUAUUCCAAAUGAGUCAAAUACCGUUGGUGAUGAUUAGCAGGACAAAGCCUGAAGAGAUCGCCCCACCGGAGGUUUUUUAUAAUGACUCCGAAUCAUUCAAGUACACGUCAUCCACUCGUGUGCAGCAUAUCCAGGCGAAGAUGACCCUCAGAGCUCUUGAACUACUCAACCUUGAUUCAGACUACCCCCACUUCAUCCUAGAUUUGGGAUGUGGGUCUGGUCUUUCAGGAGAAAUCUUGACAGAAGAGGGCUACAACUGGGUCGGUAUGGAUAUCGCCCCAAGCAUGUUGGCCUCAGCGCUAGAUAGAGAUGUUGAAGGAGACCUAUUCUUGGCUGAUCUAGGUAAUGGUAUCCCUUUCAGAGCAGGUACUUUUGAUGCUGUGAUUUCCAUUUCUGUCAUUCAGUGGCUUUGUAAUGCUGAUACUGCUGGCGUUGAUCCCAAGAAGAGACUUUUACGGUUCUUCAAUACAUUAUUUGCAUCUAUGGUUCGCGGUGGAAAGUUUGUCGCCCAGUUUUACCCUAUGAAUGACACACAAACGCAGAACAUCCUAGAAGCAGCUAAAGUCGCUGGUUUUGCCGGUGGGUUGGUUAUAGACGAUCCAGAGAGCAAGAGGAACAAGAAGUAUUACCUUGUCCUCUCUGCCGGUCAGUCUGAGAGAACACUCAACUUAACAGGUGCGCAGAUGGAAGCUGAUGGCAAGACCAAGAAGCUUAGCAGUAAGAUGAGGAAGAAAUUGGAGUCUAACAAGGAGUACAUCAAUAGAAAGAAGGAACUUAUGAGGAGAAGAGGCCGUACUGUCGCUCAUGACUCCAAAUUCACGGGAAGAAAGAGACGAAACGGCGAAAACGUCCUCACAUUUUUGCAUAAACAGCUCGUCAAGAAACAUGAUCCUACUGGUAAAAGAUCUGCCUUGGUUGCUCCAGAUGGAUUAAGGGCAGGCGAUGUCAUAAGGGUUACCUACACUGACAGAACCAGCGUUCUUGGUCAGCUCAUUGGUAUCAAAAGAGGAAAUCACAACAUAGGUACAAAUCUUCAUAUCAGAAACAAAAUGAACAGAAUCGGUGUUGAGAUGAGAGUGCCCUUGUUCAGCCCCAACAUCAAGAACAUUGAGCGUGUCUCACUGCCCAAGAAGUACCCUUCGAGAAAAAAGCACUACUACAUCAGAAACAAUCGUCUCGAUGUUGGCGAUUUGGAAAAUGCUCCAAAGCACAAAGCUUCCUAA